AUGAGCUGUCUGGAUGUUAUGUACCAGGUCUACGGUCCCCCACAGUCUUAUUUCGCAGCCGCCUACACUCCCUACCACCAGAAACUAGCCUACUACUCAAAAAUGCAGGAAGCCCAAGAGUGCAGCGCCAGCCCCAGCAGCACUGCCAGCGGGAGCUCCUCGUUUUCCAACCAAAACCCAGCCAGUGUCAAAGAAGAGGAGAGCAGCCCAGAGAAAGAGCGGGCACCCGAAGCUGAAUACAUCAACUCCAGAUGUGUCCUCUUCACCUACUUCCAGGGGGACAUCAGCUCCGUGGUGGACGAACAUUUCAGUAGGGCCCUUAGCCAACCUAGCAGCUACACCCCAAGCUGCACCAGCAGCAAAGCACACAGAAGCUCUGGACCCUGGAGAGCAGAAGGCACCUUCCCGAUGAGCCAACGCAGCUUCCCCGCCUCUUUCUGGAACAGCGCGUACCAGGCGCCGGUGCCCGCGCCCCUGGGCAGCCCUCUGGCCGCCGCACACUCGGAGCUGCCCUUUGCCACCGACCCCUACUCUCCCGCCGCGCUGCACGGCCACCUGCACCAGGGCGCGGCCGACUGGCACCACGCGCACCCGCACCACGCGCACCCGCACCCGCACCCGCACCAUCCCUACGCGCUGGGCGGCGCCCUGGGAGCACAAGCCUCUGCCUACCCGCGGCCAGCAGUGCACGAGGUUUACGCGCCCCACUUUGACCCGCGCUAUGGGCCUCUGCUCAUGCCCGCAGCCUCUGGCCGUCCCGGCCGCCUGGCCCCUGCCUCGGCGCCCGCUCCCGGCAGCCCUCCUUGCGAGCUCUCCGCCAAGGGCGAGCCGGGGGGCGGCGCGUGGGCUGCGCCGGGGGGACCCUUCGUGAGCCCCGCGGGGGACGUGGCCCAGAGCCUGGGUCUCAGCGUGGACUCAGGUAAGCGGAGGAGGGAGUGCAGUCUCCCCGCUGCCCCUCCCGCACUGUACCCGACUCUGGGCUAA